CAUGCACUGAUUGUCAACAUGCAAGAUGGCGACACUUCACAGACAGAACGCCGCUGGACGGAGAAAGGUCCAGGUUUCCUAUGUGAUUAGAGAUGAGGUGGAGAAGUACAAUCGUAACGGUGUUAAUGCUCUUCAACUGGAUCCUGCUCUCAACAGACUCUUCACAGCCGGCCGAGAUUCCAUCAUCCGGAUAUGGAGUGUCAAUCAACACAAACAGGAUCCUUACAUCGCUUCAAUGGAGCAUCACACCGACUGGGUGAAUGACAUCAUUCUCUGUUGUAAUGGAAAGACAUUGAUUUCAGCCUCUUCGGACACCACAGUGAAAGUCUGGAAUGCUCACAAGGGUUUCUGCAUGUCCACAUUACGAACACAUAAGGACUAUGUCAAAGCUUUAGCAUAUGCAAAGGACAAGGAGCUGGUGGCAUCAGCUGGGCUGGACAGGCAGAUCUUUCUGUGGGAUGUGAACACACUGACAGCUCUGACCGCCUCUAAUAAUACAGUCACCACUUCCUCAUUGAGCGGAAACAAGGACUCCAUUUACAGUCUGGCUAUGAAUCAGACAGGAACGGUGAUCAUUUCAGGAUCUACAGAAAAGGUCUUGAGAGUCUGGGAUCCACGAACAUGUGCCAAGCUGAUGAAACUGAAAGGCCACACUGAUAACGUCAAAUCUUUAUUACUGAACAGAGACGGCACUCAGUGUCUCUCUGGGAGCUCGGACGGAACGAUACGCUUGUGGUCUCUUGGCCAGCAGAGAUGCAUUGCUACAUACCGGGUCCAUGAUGAGGGCGUGUGGGCUCUGCAGGUGAACGAAGCCUUUACACACAUUUACUCUGGAGGACGGGACAGAAAGAUCUACUGCACAGACCUGCGUAAUCCUGACCUGCGUGUGCUCAUAUGUGAAGAGAAAGCACCUGUUUUAAGGAUGGAAUUAGACAGAUCAGCUGAUCCUCCACAAUCAAUCUGGGUGUCUACAACUAAAUCUUUUGUGAACAAAUGGUCUUUAAAGGCUAUGCACAACUUCAGAGCAUCAGGAGACUAUGAUAACGACUGCAGCGCCCCUUUAACCCCACUGUGCACACAGCCAGAGCAGGUCAUUAAAGGAGGGACCAGCAUUGUCCAGUGUCAUAUCCUCAAUGACAAAAGGCACAUACUCACUAAAGACACCAACAACAGUGUGGCAUUCUGGGAUGUCCUUAAGGCCUGUAAGGGGGAAGAUCUGGGUAAAGUGGACUUUGAUGAGGAAGUUAAAAAGAGGUUCAAGAUGGUCUAUGUGCCAAACUGGUUUUCUGUAGAUCUCAAAACUGGGAUGCUGACUAUAACGCUGGAUGAAAGUGAUUGUUUUGCAGCAUGGGUGGCAGCUAAAGAUGCUGGGUUUACAAGCCCAGAUGGAUCUGACCCCAAGUUGAAUCUUGGUGGGCUGCUCCUGCAGGCCUUGUUGGAAUUCUGGCCCAGAACUCAUAUAAACCCAAUGGAAGAGGAGGAAAAUGAGCUCAACCAUGUAAAUGGUGAACAGGAGAGUCGAAUUCAAAAGGGCAACGGCUACUUCCAGGUUCCGCCACACACUCCUGUGAUCUUUGGUGAAGCAGGAGGGCGAACGUUAUUUAGGUUAUUAUGCCGUGAUUCUGGAGGAGAGACGGAGUCUAUGUUACUGAAUGAAACUGUACCUCAGUGGGUUAUCGAUAUCACUGUAGAUAAAAACAUGCCAAAAUUCAACAAGAUCCCAUUCUACCUCCAACCUCAUUCAUCAUCUGGGGCCAAAACGCUCAAAAAGGACCGCCUGUCUGCUAGCGACAUGCUGCAGGUGCGCAAAGUGAUGGAGCACGUUUAUGAGAAGAUUAUAAACCUGGACACGGAAUCGCAGGCCACCAGCUCCUCAGCCAAUGACAAGCCGGGAGAGCAGGAGAAAGAGGAGGAUGUGGCGGUCAUGGCUGAAGAGAAGAUUGAGCUCAUGUGUUUAGAUCAGGUGUUGGAUCCAAACAUGGACCUCAGAACUGUGAAGCAUUUCAUCUGGAAGAGCGGAGGAGACCUGACCAUUCACUAUCGACAGAAAUCCACAUGAAGACCUCCAACCGCUGUACAGAGCCCGUCACAUUCAACCCACAUCACUCUGACUUCCAGAAGAAGCAUCCCAGAAUGCCCUGCUCUUCUCAGGUUUGACCAUCACCUUCAAGGAAUGUUUUUUUUGUCUCUCUUAUCUUUUGCAGAGGCUAAAAUAACAGAGCCAGACAGACAGUUGAAGGUUUAAGACUAGAGAUUGACGCAGGUGUCGUGACAUGCUGUGGACUAAGACUUCAUCAUUCGUCUGCCUUCAUUUCAGAUUUUCUUUUUGUAUAUUUAUUACUGUUGUGUUUGGGAAUGUGUCUUGUCCAGCUUAACAAUAAUAAUAAUAAUGAUGACGAUGAUGCACACAUAUACUUCCAUUCUCAAGUCUGAAACAUUCCUGAUGGCUUUUCUGAUGGAGAUCCAGAACUGAAAACAUGCUUUUUUAUCGUCCCCUUUUUGUCCUCCACAAGUAAGCAACUUUUAUUGUCUAGAUUUAACAGGAUGUUCACCCAAAAUUAAAAAUUAAUCUACUUUUUUUUUUUACUCUGGUAUAUCAAAGCUUCAAAAAUAAAGCCAAUUCUGUUCGACAUGUUGUAUAUUAUGAAUAUUUAGUGGUAAUCAAUAUGCAACAAAUAAAUACAAUAUAAUGUGUUGUUUAAUAAAACACACUGACUGUUGUUCGCAUCAUUUCCAAGCAAAAACUCUAGGCUACAAGAUCCAGUUCUGAAAAGUCCACUGUCUUCAGUGUUUUUGAUACAUGAAUGUUGCUAACGGAUUAUUGUAGCCCAGUUUGCGCUGUUUACAGUGGUAUUCGCUAUUUAUACAUUACCUGACAAAAGUCUUGUCGCCUAUCCAAGUUUUUGGAACAGCAAUAUCUUGACUUCUAGUUGAUCAUUUGGAAUCAGAAGUGGCUUAUAUGAAAGGCAAAAGCCUCUAGAUUACGCUUAUUUGACCCAAAUAAAAUAUGAUCUUGCCUUGAUUUUUAAUGAUUUAAUUAGGACAGUUAGGUCUGACUUUGCUUAGACAUUCAUAUGGAAUGUAAGAUGAAAAAGCGUUCUCGCAGGACUCCCAGAGUUCAUCAAGGUUCUUUGGAUUUAUCUUAAAUGCCUCCUUCUUCAUCUUAUCCCAGACAUGCUCAAUAAUGUUCAUGUCUGGUGACUAGGCUGGCCAAGUAUGAGAAGGAGCACUAUUGUGCUGAAGAAUUUGCCCUCUCCUGUGGUUAACAAUGUAAUGUGCAGCACAUGUCUUGAUACCUCAGGCUGUUGAUGUUGCCGUCCACUCUGCAGAUCUCUCACACGCCCCCACACUGAAUGUAACCCCAAACCAUGAUUUUACCUUCACCAAACUUGACUGAUUUCUAAGGGAACUUUGGUCCAUGCUGGUUCCAAUAGGUCUUCUGCAAUAUUUGUGAUGAUUGGGAUGCAGUUCAACAGAAGAUUCAUCAGAACAUCUACCUUCUGCCACUUUUCCAAAUUAUCAACUAGAAGUCGUUAUUAUUUGUUGCUCUUACAACUCAGAUCGACUUUUGUCAGGUAGUGUAUGUUUAUAAGCAUCUGAAAAAAAGAACAAAGGGCACAUCAGAACUUCUCCAGUCCCACAAAACCCCCUCAGACCCCAGAGUAUUAAAUGAUUAAUGACUGUUAGCAGCCAUUAAAUAAGAUUUAUUUCCUAUUUGUUUACAAAUAUUGAAAUUCAAAUAUAUGAAAUUUAAACGUUUAAUGUAAAGCUCCUGAAUUACAAUCUUAGAAUAUACAAAACACGGACAUUUGGCACAAUGCCUUCCUCAGUGCGUGACAAUCUUCUCACUCCACCCUCUUAUUCCAAAGUCAAUCACAUUACGUCUUCCAUUAGAUGACUCAAUAGUUAAAAACAAUCUCCUUUUCAUUUCAGUAUAGCUAACAACACAAUAAAUAAUUCCUUCACCUGUAAAAUGUCUGUUUUGUAUCUCCUUUAUUUUGUAAAAUAAAGCUACAUAAAGUAAUUAUUUAACUAUUUAAGUAGUGGAAAUCAUGCCCUUCUGAAUGAUAUUAACAAGAUUAACUCACCAAAAUAUUAAAAACUUCAUUACAGAAUUAAAUACAUUGAUAAAACCUUAAUGUGAAGUUUUUUAAAACUUGAUGCUGGUCGCUAUUUAAUAGUAUGCAAAUUAGGUUGAGAUAUUCAUUUGAGGUGCAAAGAUGAAAGAACAGCAUAAGACACAAGAAGACCAGAGUGAGGAAAUGCUGGCUUUAUUCUCCGUUUUUGGUGAUUUCAGCUUCAGGCUUUAAGACUGACCUUUCUCAAUAAAACUUUCAACUCUUUUCACUCGUGAUGUCUAAUAAGCAUUUUGUUCCUUUUAUAUUUCUUUUAGAUCGCAUGGGUCAUAUUUUUUUAUCUUAAAAGCAGAAGUAUAAAUGCAAACACUACAACCUGGUUUGGUUUAACAACUGUUUUCAGUUUUGUACA